AUGAGUGACAACAGCUGGAUAGUUGAGCCGCAUGAAAAAAAUUGGCGCUGGAUAAUUGAACUGGAUGACAGAGUUAUGCAUGAAGUUGAUAUUUAUUCGGAGAAUGAACGCUGGAAGCGGCUGUCUGUUUAUCGAUUGCCAGCCUCCAUUAUUAAGCUGAACAGGAACGCUUACACACCUCAAGUUGUUUCUUUUGGCCCUUGUUACCAUGGCCAUGCUAAUUUAAAGCCAAUGGAAGAACACAAGGACAGAGCUCUUCUUCACUUCCUCAGGAGAUCCAGGAAACCUAUUAUGGUUUAUGUUCAAUGCUUAAAUAUAGUAGUAGAUGAUCUACGGGCUGCAUAUCAAUCAUUGGAUAAUCAUUGGCGUGAAGAUACAGAAAGUUUCCUUCAACUUAUGAUUCUUGAUGGCUGUUUUAUGCUAGAGAUCUUGAGGAUAUUCACUCGAAGCAUGGAGGGCUAUGCUGAAAGCGAUCCCAUUUUCAGCAAUCAUGGAAUCGUCUACGUCAUGCCAGAUAUUAUGCGUGACAUGCUCAUGAUUGAAAAUCAGCUGCCCAUGCUGGUUCUUCAUCGGCUUGUUGCAGCUGAAGGUGCCUCUAAUACUCAGGCAGAGGAUUACGUCAACAAGCUGUUGUUUCGCCUCUACAAUCUCGGCAGUUACAGUCGCCACAAAUCCAUAGACAAAUCCUUGCAUGUAUUAGAUAUUUGUCACAGGGUUUUGCUCUUGUCUUCCGAUGCCAGUCAUCUACGUAGAAAAUUAUGGCCAAGUUGGGUUCUUGAGAAGACAAUUCCAUCUGCAACAGAGCUUCACGAAGCAGGAAUCCAAAUUCAAAGAAGCAGAAGUACAAAUCUCCAGGACAUAAGAUUCUACAAGGGUGUUUUCUGCGUCACCCUCAAGAUUCCUGUAAUUGUUGUGGAUAAUAUUACUGAAACAUUCUUUCUCAACCUAUUGGCUUUCGAGCGUUUACACGUCGGGGCAGGCAGAGAAGUGACUAACUAUCUUGCUUUCAUGAACAAUAUCAUCCGAGACUCCAAGGACAUUACUCUCCUUCGCUCUUGUGGGAUCAUCCAAAAUUCUCUUGGUAAGGAUGAAGUUGUUGCUGAUUUAUUCAACUCACUGACCAGAGAUAUCACAAUUGAUCCUGAUAGCUCAGUUUACAUGGUCGAAAAGAAGGUUAUCAAAUACUGCAGUAGACCUUGGGUUCGUUGGAGAGCCAAUCUUGUUAGGACUUACUUUAAGAAUCCAUGGGCAAGUAUAUCUGUAAUAGGUUCAAUGUUUCUUUUUGCCUUCACCUUUGCCCAGACUGGUUAUACCGUAAUUGCUUACUAUCGGAGGCCUUAG